AGCUAAUUUAAAGACCAAACUCAAAUAAUAUUAUCCAAAAACAAAUGCGAGUAGUAUUUGGGAAAGAAGAGAAAGCAAGUGUAGCAGAGUGCGUGGAAAUCGAGGAAGACGAGGAUGCAGUGGUACUUCGUCGCCUUACUUCUCACAUUUCUCACCAGCUCUCAGGGCAUUUUGACUACUCUAUCUCAAAGUAAUGGAAAGUAUUUGUACGACUAUGCCACUGUACCCUUUCUUGCUGAAGUUUUCAAGCUGGUGCUUUCUAGUUUACUUGUUUGGAGAGAGUGCCAGAUAUCACCAUCUACAAGGAUGACUACAGAAUGGAAGAGUGUGCGCUUAUACGUUGUUCCUUCAAUCAUUUAUCUAAUUCAUAACAAUGUUCAGUUUGCUACUUUGACUUAUGUGGAUGCAUCCACUUACCAGAUAAUGGGUAAUUUGAAGAUUGUUACCACUGGCAUAUUAUUCAGGCUGUUCCUGAGGAGGAGACUGUCUAAUCUGCAGUGGAUGGCAAUUAUUCUAUUAGCUGUUGGAACAACCACAAGCCAGGUUAAAGGUUGUGGAGAAGCAUCCUGUGAUUCUCUAUUUGCAGCUCCAAUUCAAGGCUAUAUGUUGGGGGCAGUAUCUGCUUGUCUAUCAGCAUUAGCAGGUGUCUACACAGAGUUUCUGAUGAAGAAGAACAACGAUAGCUUGUAUUGGCAAAACGUUCAAUUAUAUACAUUUGGCUCAAUAUUCAACUUGGCUCGGCUUGUCCUGGAUGAUUACAGGGGUGGAUAUGAGAACGGAUCCUGGUGGCAACGCCUUUUCAAUGGCUACAGUAUUACAACUUGGAUGGUUGUUUUGAAUCUUGGAUCCACUGGCUUGUUGGUUUCAUGGUUGAUGAAGUAUGCUGACAAUAUCGUGAAGGUGUAUGCCACAUCAAUGGCAAUGCUGCUAACAAUGGUUUGGUCUGUGUACCUCUUUAGCUUCAAGCCUACUUUGCAGCUUUUCUUGGGUAUUAUCAUCUGUAUGAUGUCACUGCACAUGUAUUUUGCCCCACCAAACAUGCUUUUGGAUUUGCCUACACAAGUCAGAGCCGCUCCCGAGAGCCUGAAAGAAGUAACGGUUGAACGAAGAACAGAUUCCUGAUCUUUCUUGCACAUCUGGAAACGAUUAGUCUCUGCCAAUUGCUUAUUGAAAGUGGCAUUAAAGCAAUGGUUUCUGCACAGCACGCUUGAAGAGGCCUAAUAUCCUUGAAUCAGAACCAAUUCUACAAGCAACUGGGUUCUGCUCCACUAUUAGCAAAUGCUAUAUAAGCCAUCUAUUGAGAUUUUGGCUCUAGUUUCGAAAGAAAACGGUGCACCUGCUUAUCCACACUGUCAAUUUAGUCUAACUAUUGGAGUUAUCAGCUGAAUAUGCACAACGUUCCAAGUAGAAUUAUGAGCCAUCACAGUGAUAAGAUUCUUGUAAUGUAAUUCCUCUCAUGUCCAUUUUUCAACUGAUCGCUAUCAUCUACAAGUUUAAUUGUACUCUCCGAUGCAAUCAAGGAAUGAGAUAUUUGUCGGCUCUUUUGUUCA